CCCGCUGCGGCGACACCCGGAGACCCCAACCUGCGGCACCCGGCAUGCCAUCUUCUGUGAAGGCGUUGGGUCAGGCCAGGACCUCGGGUGCCAGUAUGGCCCCCCAGGCCCACUGCUGCUCCCCUGCGGCCGUGCAGAGGCGGCUGCCCAUCCUGGCUUGGCUGCCGGACUACUCGCUGCAGUGGCUGAAGAUGGACUUCAUCGCUGGACUCUCGGUUGGGCUCACAGUCAUUCCCCAGGCGCUGGCCUAUGCUGAGGUGGCUGGACUCCCGCCCCAGUACGGCCUCUACUCUGCCUUCAUGGGAUGCUUCGUGUAUUUCUUCUUGGGCACCUCCCGGGAUGUGACGCUGGGCCCAACGGCCAUCAUGUCGCUCCUGGUCUCCUUCUAUACUUUGCACGAACCCGCCUACGCUGUGCUGCUGGCCUUCCUGUCUGGCUGCAUCCAGUUAGCCAUGGGCUUCCUGCGCUUGGGCUUUCUGCUGGAUUUCAUCUCCUGUCCCAUCAUCAAGGGUUUCACCUCCGCUGCCGCCAUCACCAUCGGCUUCGGGCAGAUCAAGAACCUCCUGGGACUACAAGAUAUCCCGAGACAGUUUCUCCUGCAAGUGUAUCAGACCUUCCGCAAGGUCGGAGAGACCAGGGUGGGCGAUGCCGUGCUGGGGCUCAUGUGCAUGGUGCUGCUGCUGGUGCUGAAGCUGAUGCGGGACCACGUACCUCCUGUGCACCCCGAGAUGCCCCCGGGCGUGCGGCUCAGCCACGGGCUGGUUUGGACUGCCACCACAGCCCGCAACGCUCUGGUAGUCUCCUUUGCCACCCUGGUCGCAUACUCCUUCGAGGUGACCGGAUACCAGCCUUUCGUUCUAACGGGGCAGACCACCGAGGGGCUCCCUCCAGUCCGGAUUCCGCCCUUCUCAGUGACCACGGCCAAUGGGACAGUUUCCUUCACCGAGAUGGUACAGGACAUGGGUGCUGGGCUGGCUGUGGUGCCCCUGGUGGGUCUCCUGGAGAGCAUCGCGGUGGCCAAAUCCUUCGCUUCUCAAAACAAUUACCGCAUCGAUGCCAACCAGGAGCUGCUGGCCAUCGGCCUGACCAACGUGCUGGGCUCCCUCGUCUCUUCCUACCCGGUCACAGGCAGCUUUGGACGGACAGCUGUGAACGCCCAGUCGGGGGUGUGCACCCCAGCGGGGGGCCUGGUGACAGGAGUUCUGGUGCUGCUGUCGCUGGACUACCUGACCUCGCUGUUCUACUACAUCCCCAAGGCGGCGCUGGCUGCUGUCAUCAUCACGGCCGUGGCUCCGCUGUUCGACACCAGGAUCUUCGGGACGCUCUGGCGCGUGAAGAGGCUGGACUUGCUGCCCCUCUGCCUGACGUUCCUGCUCUGCUUCUGGGAGGUCCAGUAUGGCAUCCUGGCCGGGACCCUGGUGUCCGUGCUGAUUCUCCUGCACUCCGUGGCCAGACCCAAGAUGCAGGUGUCAGAGGGGCCGGUGCUGGUCCUGCAGCCAGCCAGCGGUCUGCACUUCCCCGCGGUGGAGGCCCUCCGGGAGGCCGUACUCACCCAGGCCCUGGAAGCAUCCCCCCCACGCUGCGCGGUUUUGGAGUGCACGCAUGUCUGCAGCAUCGACUACACCGUGGUGCUGGGGCUUGAGGAGCUCGUGGGGGACUUCCACAGGCACGGCGUCACCCUUGCCUUGGUCGGCCUGCAGGUUCCUGUCCUCCGUGUGCUGCUGUCUGCUGACCUGAAGGGUGUCCAGUACUUCUGCACCCUGGAAGAGGCAGAGAAAUACCUGAGGCAAGAACCAGGGACCGAGCCCUACAACGUCAGCGAAGACUCCGUUCCGGAGCACAAGAUCGCCCUGCUGAAGGCCUGA